AAACCCAGACAUCUCACAAUACCACCGCAAUCACAUAUCAACAACACACACUCCACAUCAAAAAAUGGCACCAAAGGCAGCAGAGAAGAAACCAGCAGCAGAAAAGAAACCAGCAGCAGCAGAGAAAAAACCCAAAGCAGAAAAAAAGCUACCAAAGGACGCAUCCACCACCGACAAGAAGAAAAAGAGGAACAAGAAGUCGGUUGAAACAUACAAGAUCUACAUCUUCAAGGUUCUGAAGCAGGUUCAUCCGGAUAUUGGAAUCUCAAGCAAGGCUAUGGGGAUCAUGAACUCCUUCAUCAAUGAUAUAUUUGAGAAGCUUGCACAGGAAGCUUCUAGACUGGCCAGGUACAACAAGAAGCCGACGAUCACUUCCCGGGAGAUUCAGACCGCGGUGAGACUUGUGCUUCCUGGUGAAUUGGCUAAACAUGCUGUUUCGGAGGGGACUAAGGCUGUUACUAAGUUUACUAGUUCUUAAGAGGCUGGUUUUUGUGUAAAGAUUUCGGUUAAGAAAUCAGUUAGUUACUUGAAUUAAUUUGAUGGUAUGAAAUUAGUUUUGUUUAAAGAAUUAAUUUUCUUCUGAA